AUGUUAUCAAUCUCAGAGAAUAUCACCAUCCUCAUCAGUAUCGCCAUCCUAACCUUAUAUCUGCAGGCUUGUUACUCUAACAGGAACAAGAAGAUAAGAAACCACCACCACCACCAGACAGACAAGAAAACUAUUAAAAAGGAGAUACCACAACCGACCGGCUGGCCAUGGAUCGGGAAUCUCUACCAAAUCCGACGACCAAACCCUUGGAUUCAGAUGGCCAGAUGGACUAAACAAUUCGGCCCUAUCUAUCGUUUGAAGAUGGGUAGCUCUGAUUUGAUCGUAUUAGGAUCACCCAAGGCAGCAGUAGACUUAUUAGAACAGAGGUCAUCGAAAUACUCAUCCAGACCCAGGAACAUCAUGACCUCAGAGUAUGUCUCCAAAGGACUCAGGCUCACAUUCAUGCCCUACAAUGAUCUCUGGCGAAGACAACGCAAGCUACUCCAUCUGCUCACUCAGCCUAAGGCCGCUGCAAACUAUCAGCCCAUCCAAGCCCAGGAAUCCGCCCAGCUCUGUCUGGAUAUCCUCAACCAUCCAAACGACCAUUGGAAGCAUUCUCAAAGAUAUGCAGGCUCGACUGUCUUGCAAAUCGCCUUCAAUCGUCGAGCCCUGAGCUUCCAAGAUCCAGCGAUCACCAAGAUGAGAGAAUGCAAUGAGAAGAUGAUCGAGACGGCGGUACCCGGCCGAUAUCUGAUCGACUCGAUCCCGAUCUUAUCCUAUCUACCCGCAAUCCUCUCCCCCUGGAAACGAUACGGGAACCGAUUAUUCAACGAGACUCUCGCCCUCUUCGGCCAGCUUUAUCGAGAUGUCCUUCGCUCCGAGUCUCCUCAUCCCAAUCUGGCCCCUAGUGAUGGUGCUUGCUUUGUGGCGAGGAUCGAGAGUCUCAAAGAGUCGUAUCGAUUGACGGAUGAUCAGGCUAUCUUCUUAGCCGGGGCAAUGUUUGGGGCUGGUAGUGACACGACUGCAGAUGCGAUCGAGACCUUCAUCUUUGCAUGUGCUGCUAAUCCGGAGAAAGUAGCCAAGGCGCAGGAGGAACUCGACCGGCUCGUCGGCAGGGAACGAUUGCCUGAAUUCUCGGAUGAGGAUGGAUUGGUUUAUUGUGGGGCGAUGGUAAGGGAGCUCUUAAGAUGGAGAACGGUGAUACCCGGCGGUUUAGCACACAUGUCGACGGAAGACGACGAAUAUGAAGGAUAUUUUAUACCCAAAGGGACGACAAUCGUCGCCAACCAUUGGGCGAUUCAUUUGGAUGAAGAGACCUACAAGGAUCCGUCCAAAUUCAUACCCGAACGGUUCAUUGACCCUCAGACCGGCUCGCUCAUCGGCACUAAAUCCUCUGUCUAUGGCCAUCAUGCCUUUGGCUUCGGCAGAAGAAUUUGUCCGGCGCUGCACAUUGCUAACAAAUCAUUGUUUAUUACGUUUACCAGGCUCUUGUGGAGCUUUGAGAUCAAGAUCAAAGAGUCAAGUCUCUUGAGCCCCGAAGAGUUUGUAAGAGCGGUCGAGUUCUCGACCGGAUUCUCUUCCCAUCCGAUCGAUCUAAACGACUCUUUGAUCGAGAUCCUGCCCAGAGACCGGUCAUCUCUUGCCGUCUUAACCGAAGCCGUCGAGAAUGCCGGGAUCGAUCCUAUCAAGCUAUGA